AUGGCCGAUGCGUCGUCUGUACCGACUCUUCAUGAGCUCAAGUCGUAUGAGAUGUUGUCCAUCUCGGCUGUGUUCCUGGCCGUCUCUGCUAUUACGGUCAUUUUGAGAAUAUAUACCAGAGGCUGGAUGAUUCGUUCCUUUGGUUGGGACGAUUGGCUCAUGAUGGUGACAUGGCUUUUAUUCGCCAUGACGACCUCACUCCUGAUGAGUAUCGCCAUGUCAGAAAUUAACCCACCUGGUGUUGGAGAUACUGACACGGUCAACGGCAUUUUAACAUUAGUCGUUUGUAUCUUCGGUCUCUACAUCUUGACUACUGUCAUCUUCAAGCUCAGUCUUGCAGUCUUCUUCCUUCGGGUCGUCAAUCAACGCUGGCAGCGUCAAGUCAUCAUCGGGUCAGUGACUCUAUACACGCUAUUCGGAACUGCUUGGCUCUUUGUCGCCAUAUUCCAAUGCGGCAGUCCUGCCAGCUAUGGAAAGAAUGAGGCAGCUGGGAAAUGUCUGCCUUUCCGGACUGUCCUCCGUCCCCUCAACUAUACUCAUGGUGUCCUCAACGCCGUCACUGACUGGAUCUUUGCAAUCAUCCCUAUCUUCGUCGUAAGAUCUACACAGAUGCACAGGCAGCAGAAGAUCACUGUCUGCACCAUCCUGGGUCUAGGUGUCCUCGGUAGCAUUUGCUCAAUCGUUCGUCUGGCCUACGUAGACGUCAUUGGCGUCAAACUGGAAGAGCUCCUCAUCUCAGCCCCCAACUUCGCUAUCGUCAGUAUCGUCGAACUCGGCCUCGGUAUCACAGCCGCCUGUCUCGCAACACUUCGCCCGCUCUUCGCCUUCUGGUUCGACAAAGCACGUACUGGUAUCUCAUCUUCUCGUAGUGGCAGGGAUACAAAGACUGGACCAGCAGUAGUUGAUGGAAGUAAAGGUGUUUGUGGCUCAUACGUCACCUCUGGCCACAACCUGGGUCACAAAGAUGAUGGUGUCGUGACUGUCACAAGGGAACUCCAGAUCUUCUCGAACAGACCUUCAAAUGUUGGCGAGACUUUAGAGAUGCAUGCCAUGGGCUUGGACUCAAAGCACCAACAUCGACAUGGUCAAGGUGACAGACCACGAAGCCAGAACAGUGAAGAGUCAUUGUUGGAAGUCGUCUAA